UUGCUGUUUGUCAGUAGACGAGUGACUGGCCACUCCGAAGAGAUCCACCAGAUCUCCCAGCAUGCUGUCGCCCAGCACGGGCAGGUGGGUGGCGAUGGCUGCCAGAGCGUGACACAUGAGAACGCGGGACGAGUCACAGGACAAGUGAAGCUGACCUAGCAGGAACUCCACAGCCGACUGGCUAAGGUGGGGCCGACUCUUUAGCAACUUGACUAACGAGGUGAGUGUCGUCUAUAAUCAAAGGAGUAGAAGUAAUCAAUGUAGACUUAAAGUUUAAAAACUGUGCACUGUGAUGAUGGAGGCAUCAGUCUUACUUUGAGUGUAGCCUGGGCACUAGCGCUACUGUCUUGACUGCAAAGCAUCAGCAGGGACUCCACCCCCAACAAUGUAUCCUGCUCCAGAUGGGCUAUAUCUGAGAAUACAUAGCCAAAUAUAGGUUAGUGAAAUACUGCAUGAGAGGGAAUUCCCUGCAAGUGGAUAACUGACCUUUUUCUGGACAGGAAAUGACAAUGUUGGACAGCACUAUAACGCCGUGAGCAGCGAGAGCCAGGUUACUGUGGUAACAGCACUCUUGUGCCAAUUUCACCAGGUCGGUGAGCCGGGAAGGAGCGGAGACGCCGCCUGAAUAUAAUUAAAUUGAUUCCAGUCAGAGUUGCAGACUAAUGAAAGGUCUUACAAUUGUGUUUAAACUUUAAUUUACAGGGCAAUACGACAUGAAUGUUACCUGUUGUAUGAUUAAAGUACUGCUUUAUUGCAAUUGUUCCAGAUAGGGUAGACAGCACAGCUAACAUUCCCAGCUUCAAGCUAACAUAUGGGCUGCUCAGUGCACACUCGCACAGGGUCUGCAAAUACAAAAACGACUCAAUUACAUAAAUGGUGAGAAAGUGUCUUAUCUACAAUACCAGUCAAAGGUUUUCAACACACUUCCUCAUGAGAAAGUGUGACCACACUUUUGACUGGCGGUACAGUUUACUCAUACCUGAGUGUUUUCUUUAAUCCAAAGAUGAGGAGCCUUUCUUGCCAGGAGCUUUAAAUCGUUAAUUGCAAGUCUUUUCACAGCCUUCCGUGGGUCAUCCUUCAGGUAUUGAAGGAGGAGCUGCAACUAUAGGGAUAUUUACACGUUAAAGGCCAAUCAACGCAAAUAUGUUGGCUUUAAGGCACAACCUGCUUGGGUAUAUCAAUGAGGGAGGAGGCCGCCAGCUGGGUGAAAGUGUGCAGGGUGACAAUGACCAUAGGGGUGGAGGGGUACGAGGUGACAAGGUUCUGCAGAAGUUCUCGGCUGCUGGAUGCCAGACUGGCAUCGUGAUGCAUGUGCUGCAACAUGGGGAUCAACUUCAGCUUCAGGUCGACGGGGGUGUCUAAACCUGGGAAGUGUUUAAGACAAGUUGGACGUUGAGGAGAAAGGCUGUAAUAUAUUUAUAUAUGUAAAAAAAAAAAAAAAAAUCCUCGCCACUUUUCCAACAGUCUCCCAUAAUAAUUUGAGGUGUUACCUUGAAUCAUCUCACUGACUUUGUUGCAAAUCCCAGCAGCAAAGUCUCUGAAAACAAGAAACAGCAGCUUUUAUACUUUAUUAUAAGAUUUUUUUAACCCUUGUAUUACUGUUUAAAACCUUUAAAAAUCUUUCUAAAAAGACGUUAGCAUUAUUACACAGCAGUUCACUUGUUUAUACACCUGUAUGACAGUUAUGUUACAUUUUAAAAUGCUGUUGAAGACAUCAGAAAUUCUACUGUAAGUGUUGUUUUUUUCUAUGGUAUAGCCUUACUUUGACUGUGCAGAAAAGCUGGCUGCAGCAAAUAUAGCUGCUUCCACUUCCACGUUGUCAUGAGAGUCGAGACUCUGGCGAAUACUGUGGUGGGCGUUUUUCCUCUCUGGGAUAAUGGAAGCCAAACUGCCCAGCAUCCUGUUGAGAGGUCGGUGCAGUUGAAUUACAGCUAACCAAGGUAAUGAGCUACAUUACCUGUGAUAUGUCACCUCAGUGUGAUGGCUCGGGCCACAGGGUCAUUGCUAUGGAUGACUGAAAACACCCUUUUGACAAAUUCAUCCACAUUGAGGAUUUUUUCCAGAUGUUUCUCACUCUGCUGUGUUACUUUGAGUACACACAGUCGAAGAAAGUUGUUCCUGAAAUCAGAGAAACGAGCUUAUUCAAAUUCAUGUUUGUUCGUGCUGUCUUCCACUUUCAUAGAACCAUACCCAAGUCUAAAUAUGUCUGCAAGUUUCAGGAACGCAGAGUUAAUGAGGAUGGGGAACGGGUACUUGAGGAAGAGUUUUGGGAAGAGCACCACAGCCUCGCACUGCUCCCCCGGUUUUCCCGACCGCAGCCCUGGUCAAAACAACAGAAUGUCAUAAUAGUAACCCAUACAUAAGUCACGUGAAUACACUGGAAGCUAUGCUAAGUUGUUAGCAGGCUAGCUUGUCGGCACCUUUGUCCAGCUCCAUAAGCGCAGAAUUUGCGUCAAGUUCUUGCUCGCCAUAGCAAGCCUCCGACAGGAACGAGCGUGCAGCUGAAAGAGACAUUAUACGUUCUUUUCCCGCUUAAUAUUUCAGAUAUGAGGGUACAUACGAGUUAGCAGCGUUCUACUACUAAUCCAUUCUUAAACCGGAUAUCAAAGCUCACGGUUUUCCGUUUUUCAGAUUUUCACAAUAAAAUAUACAUGCGUUUAUUUGCGCGUUUUUACAGAGUUAUUGGUAAAUAAAUAUCUUAUUUGCAGGUGUGACUUGAAAUUAUACAGUUUUAUAUAUCUUAUUCAACUGAGAGCUUCCAAUACACCACUUAUUCAAUUUACUCUAACGACGAUAGGCACAUACAAACCGGAAACGAACUUUACUAUGGAGCGAAAGUGUCUCUUUCCACCAAUAGGAGCGCAGAACGCUGGUUUAGCGGGGAAUUCGGUCCCUGCGUUCAAGCGUUCUGUUCGCGGGAAAGAAGAGCAAUAGUACUAACGCAGAGGAACCACAGCCACCAGUGAAUAUAUAUUUUGGAUUUAUCGGAUCGUCUCCCACCAAAGCACAGGAAUGCUUUUCCGUUCAAUUGUUGACAGACGUCUCGGGAGACAACGGCAGAAUGCCCUUCCUGCUCAUCCCUGGCCCAAGUACCCUCUGAGCUCCUUUCUGCAAGGCUACCAGUGUGUUCGUCAUGAUGAACACAUCUCCUAUGGGAACCUUGGCGAUUCUGUUCCCCCGUUUGGACUGUCUUUCUCCUCUGCAAGGGAGAUUGGGGAUGUUCUUGCUGUGGCAAAUGAAGAAGGCAUUGUUAGGAUUUACAACACCGAAUGCAGAGGAAAGCCACUUCUUAAAGAAUGGCUGGCUCAUGAGAAUGCUGUCUUUGACAUAGCAUGGGUACCAGGGGAGUCUCAAUUGGUGACUGCUGCAGGGGACCAGAUGGCCAGGUUAUGGGAUGUAAAAUCUGGGGAGCUUUUAGGCAGCUUUAAGGGCCACCUUUGCAGCCUCAAAUCUGUCGCAUUCAGUAUGGAGGACAAAGCUGUCUUCUGUACUGGUGCAAGAGAUGGAAAUAUUUUAGUCUGGGACACGCGGUGCAGCAAAAAAGAUGGUUUCUACAAACAGGUGAAACAGAUCCGCGGCGCUCAUAACAAAGCAGAGGCAAACCCCCCAUCCAAAACAAAGAAGAGGCGACUCAGCACUCGUGGCAUGGCUCCGAGCGUGGACACCCAGCAAAGCGUCACUGUGGUUUUAUUUCGAGAUCAGCACACCCUAAUCUCCUCCGGUGCUGUUGAUGGUGUCGUGAAGAUGUGGGACUUGAGGAAAAACUACACAGCGCACCAUCACGAUCCUGUACCCCUGCAGACCUUCCCGUAUCCUGGUUCUUCCAUGCGCAUGCGUCUGGGUUAUUCCGGACUCGUGUUGGACUCCACACGAUCCAACGUCAUGUGCAACUGCACCGAUGACAGCAUAUACAUGUUCAAUGUCAGCGGGACAAAAACCAGCCCGGAGGCAGUGUUCAGUGGCCACCAAAACUCCUCUUUUUACAUCAAGUCCACAAUUAGCCCAGAUGACCAGUUCUUGGCCAGUGGUUCCAGUGACAACAACACGUACAUCUGGAAGAUGUCCGAUCCCACACAACCUCCAAUGACGCUCCAAGGCCACAGUGAGGAGGUGACAUCUGUCGCUUGGUGCCCAACAGACUUCACUAAGAUUGCUUCCUGCUCCGAUGACCACACUGUACGCAUCUGGCGACUUCAUCGGGAAAUGGAUGGAACGCAGUCUUCAGUGGGAGAGGCCAAUCUUGUUGGCUGGGCACGUCCUAAGAGUCCACACAAACUUUCCAACCCCACUGAGACGACGCCCGCUAAGGAACAGAGGAUCGAGAGCAUCGGAGGCCUGGCUUCACCGCAGCUGGCCGCAUGUGCUCCGAGCGGGGCCGCCAUGCCUCUCCCCUCCAGCACCACCUCACCUCUCCAGGAUGCAAAGACUACAAUUUGUCAGAGAACACCACGUUCCAUCAAAACGUGGCUAUCUCCUCGUCAAAACAGCCCUCUGCUGCGGAAGGUACUCAGCCCGUGUCCUCAGAACCCGGCCAGCUACACCUCUCCCCCAGCGCGCCGUGCCAAACGAAGACUGGAGACGGGUUCAUCCGACGGCGAUGUGGAUAAAGAGGACCACGACGGCGUUGCACAACUUUACAAUGUAGCCAAGAGGAGCCGGGUCCUGUCUGGCAUCUGCUGCCCGACUCAGGAGAGUCCAGAGCAGGCAGACGGCCAAACCGAGGAUGCCGCAUCAAGAGAGACUGGCAAGGAGAAUCGGUGUCCACCACUGACAGACUGGCUGUCAGUUAUGGGCCAAAAGAUGAGAGGGAGCCCGAGCAGUCCCCGAAGUCCCGGUGCUGCGAAGAAACAAGCGGGCAAGACGCCAGCUUCACCGACUAUCGGCUCGCCACAAAGCAUGAAAAAAAUAUCUUCCUAUUUCACAAGGAGACCCACUGAGUGACCUCACGGAGCCUUUACAGUAUUUGAGAUGCUGCGUUAGGUCAUUUUAAUCCACAAACUGCUCGGAGAAUUUACUGACAAAGGUACCCCCUAAACAUUUUUAGUGAGACAUUUCAUGCAAUUUUUUUUUAUUGCCAGGAAAACUCAUUUUGGAAGAUGGAAUACCAUUUCACGCAACUUGAAAGUUGCAUGAAAAACAAAAGUCAAAAACUCUCUUGGAGACCUUUUAAGAAAAUUAGUCUUUGUAAAAGAUUCGUUCUUAUCCAACAGUUUCAUGUGUUUGUUUUUUUUGUUGUUGUUCAUAUGUACAAAAUAGCAUGUGCUUGGUUUGUUUGUGAUGCACAGUUGAAUUGGCAGAUUUUUAUUAAAUCGAAGAUAUAUUGUAGCCAGCGUACUUGGCUUCAUAGAGUUACAAUUUUCAUAAAAAUAAGCUAUUUUAAGACAUUUCGGGGACCCCUACGGAGACGCAUGGGGGGAGAGAGACAUGGAGAAGUUAC